UAACUGAAAUAGACAAGCUAUUAUAAAUAUGGUCAUUUUUUGAAGCAAAAAUUCAGGAAACCAAUAUAAUAUUAUUGGAGAGCAAAUUGCAGAAAGAAACAUGGUUAUACCAGUGCUCAUAUUAACAUUGAUUCCACAAUUAUUACUGCACACCAUGGCUGAGCCAGCUGACCAAAAGACAUACUCUUUUAAUUGUGGAUCACCAAAAGAGACUUCAUCACCCAAUCAUCACAAUUGGAAUCUCCACAUGUCAGAAUGCAUCAAUGGAGUCUCAAGAGCUUCUUCCAGGAAAACCAUGUACAAGGACAUAGAAGCAUGUACAUUCACGUGUGAAUUCACCUAUAUAGUCUCUCUUUCUGCAGGUAUGUAUUUCAUCCGCCUCUACUUCCUUCCAAUCUCAUACGAUGGCUUAAACAUAUCAAAAGCUGUGUUUAGCAUCUCUGCCAACCAUUACACUCUUUUAAACACUUCCAUGAAUUCUUCAUACACUUCUUUAGACACUAGUACCGAUUACUACACAGUCAAAGAAUUCUGUGUUGAAGUUGAGGGAUCAGAACUCAACAUCACAUUUUCUCCAUCCAAAUAUGUUUCAAGUGCCUACGCCUUUGUGAACCGAAUUGAAAUUCUUCCAUUAGUCCCUUCAGACCUUUACCUGCACAAAAAUGCAGCCCUGCCUCUUAUAGGAAAAAAGAACUCCUCUAAAUCCUUUAGUGGGAACUCUAAUGCCCUUGAGCUAAUGUACCGACUAAAUGUUGGUGGGAAUGCCAUCCAGCCUGAAGAUACAGACCUGCACAGGACUUGGUUGGAGGAUUCACCUUACCUUGUUAAUGAUCCUGCAACCACGAUGAAUGGAAGAAUUGAGAAGGAGCAUCAUGGCAUCCCCUUUCAAGAAAUUGCACCUGAGGAAGUCUAUGCAACUGCCAGAGAACUAGAAUGGCUGUAUCCUUAUGGAUUUAUGAACCUCACAUGGUCCUUCAGUUUAGAUACCGGUUUCUUUUACCUUGUUAGGCUACAUUUCUGCGAGAUUGUAUCAUAUAUUACACAAAAUAACCAAAGGGAAUUUGCGGUCUAUUUCAACGGUACCAUUGCUGAGAAACAUGUGGAUAUUUACCAGUGGAGUGGUGGAGUUGGCUUUCCAUUACACAAGGACUACAUCAUAGAUUUGACACAAAGAGACCACCAAAAGGUAGAGUCUUUCUCAAUUGUAUUGGGGAGUACAACAACGAAUGGGAGCCCAUCAUCCAUGGGACCUCUUUUAAAUGGGUUGGAAAUUUUAAAGAUAUCAGAUCCAUCCAACAAUCUUGCUGGACUAAAUCCAUUUUGGAAUAGGAAUUUCCUCCACAAUGUGAAAAGCCAAUCCAAAGGUUUAGGAGAUGCAACGUUUAUUGGAGAACUUGUUCUGGGUUUUUACCUUCUGGUACCACUAGUUUUCUCUGUUCUAUUGUACAUACUACCCGAGAUACGAUGGUUUCUGAAAGUAGCUUUUCUCUUAUGUGGUCACUCUGAAUGGCAAAGGAAAACCAUCUUUAAAUGGGCAUCUGAUGAUCAGUGCCAAUAUUUCAGCCUUACAGAGCUUAAAGAGGCAACAAAAAACUUCUCUACAGCCACUUUGCUAAGCUCGGGUGGCUUUGGCAAUGUAUAUGAGGGAUAUGUUAACGUCCAUGGAAAGGCUACCCAUGUUGCAAUAAAACGCAGAAGCUCAAAUUCCAAUCAAGGCCUACAUGAGUUCCAUACAGAGAUUAUCAUGCUUUCUAAAGUUAAACAUUUGCAUCUCGUCUCUCUGAUCGGAUACUGCAAGGAUGACAAAGAAAUGAUACUUGUUUAUGAGUUUAUGGAAAGAGGCACCUUAAGAGAUCACCUCUAUAAUACCCAAGAACCGCCACUUCCAUGGAAACAGAGACUUGAUAUCUGUAUUGGUGCAGCUCAGGGCCUGCAUUAUCUCCAUGCUUAUGUAAAUCAGAUGAUAAUUCACCGUGAUGUGAAGAGCACUAACAUUCUACUCAACAAAGAAUGGGUUGCAAAAGUUGCAGACUUUGGAUUAUCGAAAAUUAGGCCACCCAAUGGACUCACUUGUGAUACUCAAGUCAGCACAGCUGUUAAAGGAAGUUUUGGGUACUUAGAUCCAGAGUACUAUCGCUAUCGAAAAUUGACAGAUAAAUCUGAUGUUUACUCCUUUGGUGUAGUACUGAUGGAAGUGUUGUGUGCGAGGCCUGCAGUUUUGCCUGUACCUACUACUACUAUUGAAGAUGACAUGGAAGGAAUAGAUCAAGUAAACUUGGCAGAUUGGGCAGUUAGAUGUUAUCAAAUGGGUACUCUUGAUCAGAUAAUAGAUCCAUAUCUGAAGGGAAAGAUUGACCACCAUUGUUUCAAGUCCUUCACAGAGAUAGCAAUCAAGUGUUUAUCAGAUAGGCAAAUUGAGAGACCAACAAUGGGGAAAGUGCUUUGGAACUUGAACUUGGCAUGCCAACAGCAAGAAGCUGCUGAUGCAAUACAAAACACAGCAGCAGUAGCAACAGAUCCUGGACAGGGGAUAGUUACGGGUGAUCUUCUUGUUGGCACCUCUGAGCUGGACAUUGGAGAUGAAUUUUCUCAGCUUAGAGGUCGCUAAUAAGCUAGAACAUGAUCAAUGAUCUAAGAUGCAUUAUAUAAAAACCUCAUAAUUUCUCUAUUUGUAGUUGGAAUUUUCAAGUUGUAUUGGUGUAAUCAUUAAUCCAUAUAUUUA